CGUAAGAAGGAAAUCCAAGGUUUAAAAAAAUGUGGUCGAGUGCUCCACUUCUUCGAGUAGGCAGUGCUUAUGCUGUGACAUAGCACUGGCUUCAAGCCUGAAAGCCCUGGGGCACGGGAAAGAAACAGCCUGACACAGCAGUGACACAAAGAGGACCUACACAUCAGAUCUGGAAGAGGAAAACUAUGGACAGGCCAAUCACUGCUAGCCAACUUAAAGACAAGUCGCUCUUCAUGGACAGUAGUGGCAGCACAGUUCCUUCCAAGAGCAUGUGCCAUAAUUGUUCAAAGCUAAAGAUAUUUCUUGGAGCUCUAGCUUUUUCCUUUUUUGCCAAAGGAUUUUCUGGAAGCUACAUGAAGAGCAUGUCCAGUCAAAUUGAAAGGAGAUUUGAAAUCUCAUCAUCGAUUGUUGGCAUUAUUGAUGGCAGCUUUGAGAUAGGCAACUUAAUGGUAAUGGUGUUGGUGAGCUACCUUGGACCAAGAGUUCAUCGACCAAAAGUAAUUGCUGUUGGAUGUAUCAUCAUGUCCUUAGGAGCAUUUUUGUCAGUGAUGCCUCAGUUCCUAAUGGAACGUUAUAAUUAUGAAAGGAUAACUGUUACUGUGGACAACUCUUCUACGAGUGUAUCAGCUUGCUCCCCAGCAUUGUCUGUGGGCCAUCCAGUCACAGACGCUACAGAAACACCCAGCGCAAUGAAAAAUUUUGGAUGCGAGAAAACAACAAAUUCCUAUCUGUGGCUCUUUGUGUUGGUGGGGAACCUUUUACGUGGAAUUGGGGAAGCACCAGUUAUGCCACUGGGUGUUUCAUAUAUUGAUGAUUUUUCUAAAGAAGAAAACUCAGCAUUUUACAUAGGUCUGGUGAGAUCCUCAGGCAUGUUUGGGCCAACCUUGGGCUUCCUGCUUGGAUCUUUCUGUGCCAGCGUCUGGGUUGAUAUUGGCGUAGUUGAUAUUGAUGCCAUCAGCAUAAAUCCUAAGGAUACCCGAUGGGUUGGUGCAUGGUGGCUUGGGUUGCUCAUCUGUGGAGCAGUCAACUUCAUUGCUUCAUUGCCUUUCUGGUUUCUGCCUUACUCUUUACCAAAAGAAGAAGAGAAUGAAAACCCGAAGAUUAGUCAUUUGCCUGUUCAAGGAGAUCACUAUAAAAGAGACCCACCAGUUCAGCCACAAUUAAAGUUCUCAGAGGCUGUAAAAGAUUUUAUCCCAGCUCUGAAGAAGUUGUUCGGAAAUCCAGUUUUCCUGGUGUACAUUUUCCUCACUAUUCUGCAGUAUAAUUCUCUUGUUGGGAUAAUAACCUACGAGACAAAGUUUAUGGAGCAGCAAUUUAAUGUAUCAGUGGCAAGAGCCAUCUUUCUGAUUGGUGUGAUACUUUUACCCGUCACAAUCCUGGGGAUGUUUCUAGGAGGCUUUCUGAUCAAGAAAUUCAAACUGCACAUAACUGAAAUGACAAAGUUCGCAUGCAUCACCUUUAUAAUAGCAUAUUUGUUAAACCUCUUGUACUUUACAUGCAGUUGUGAAGUGCUCCAGGUGGCUGGUUUGACAGCGCCCUACUCUGGGUUAAAGCAUCUUUCCUCUUCCCAAAACAGCUUCAUGGCCGGCUGCAAUGCUGACUGCAGCUGCAAGCUCGAUCAGUGGGACCCUGUGUGUGGGGAUAAUGGGAUCACUUACAUGACAGCCUGCUUUGCCGGAUGUAAAUCAUCAAUUGGGACAGGAAAAAACAUGGUGUUCAACAAUUGCAGCUGUGUGGAAGGACAAGGGCGCGGGCUUGGCAAUUCCUCUGCAAUUUUGGGACAGUGCCAAAGAGGAAGCUGUACCAAAGCAUUUCCCUAUUUUUUAGCACUACAGACUGCAUGUGCAUUUAUUUUAGCCUUAGGAGGAACUCCUACAUACAUGAUUAUGUUUAGGUCUGUUUCACCAGAACUGAAAUCUUUUGCUGUUGGGAUUGAAACUUUAGGAGGUAGAAUACUAGGAGGCCUCCCAGCCCCUAUUUAUUUUGGUGCCUUGAUAGAUGAGACCUGCUUGAAAUGGGGGACAAAAAGCUGUGGGGGAUCUGGAUCUUGCCGGGUAUACGACACAAAUGCAUUCAGAAAUGUCUAUCUUGGCCUCAUUGCAGGACUGCGGGCAGGAUGCUGUCUCUUAUACAUAGUGCUCUCUGUUUUAAUAAUGAAACGCUUCAAGCCAGGUGGCAAAGAGAUGACAGAUAUUAAAAAUACAGAAAGAUCAAUGAACAAAGAACCAGCUACUGCUAACAAAAAAGAAAUUCUUCCUGGUGCAAGAACCUCAGAAGAGAGUGAGGAAACUUGGAUGUAAAAAAAGAAACAAGGUCUUUUCAUAAUUUUGCCUAUGCUUCAGUUUUUCUAAGCACAAUGGGAGUCUAAUUACUUCAACAGCUAGUUUGCAUUUCGGAUGUUCAAAAACAAAUCUUUGAAAAAUUGAAUUUUAAUGGGCUUUACUCUAUCCUCUCCCUCUCCUUAUCUGAAAAAAUAAAGAGGAAAAGGUUUUCAAAGUCUUGGGGAAUUCUCCAGUCAUCCACCUCUCAGUCCCUUUCUAGACCAACACUGGGACUAACAAAAAUUUUUAAAGUGUCGUUAAUCUGAUUAUGGUAUAAAUUAAAAAGAAGAUAUCUGUGGUAAGAUUCUUUUUCAUUUUUCACUGACUUUAUUUCAAUUCCUCUUGCUCUCUGUUCAGUCCUACAACUCUAAAUGGCCAAUCAAGUUACAUUUGCCUAGUUUUUCUGACGACCUUUGCUGAAUAAUUCAUGACCAGACUGGGUCCCAUGGCCCAUGCUCAUUUGAGAACCCUGGGGCUAUCAAAGACCAUCCCCUGAACAAGAACUGCACAAUGACUCUGGGCUUUGGCUUGAACACAUCAAACAAUCAAAAUGGAAUGCAAGCAAAAGAAAGUGGUGUAUUAAUUUUGCAGCACAUCUCAGUGUUUUGUUUGAAUAAAAUUACUCCAAACUGACGCAAUGAAGUCAUAGGUGCUUAAGUUUCCUUGGGGAUUUCAGUGUGCGUGUAGAGGGCGUUUCCUAGUGGCCACUACAUUUAUGUCAUAUGUGUAUGGAUUUCCUUCCUUGUUUAAGGAACCUUCAGUAAGCCUUGAAGUAUAGUACUGAAAAUUAGCAAAUUCACAGAUUUCCUCACCCAGAGAGAAAUUUUAAUAAAGGAUGUUUCCAACAGUCAUUACUGGGAAAAAAAAGUCUCUAAAAAUACUUCAAGUGUGAUAUUUCAUUGAGAGCCCUUAUGAAGUACCUGUGCAAUGGAAGCAAACAUGCCUAACAUCACCAUAGAUUUUGUCUUCAUCACCAAAUCUAUUUUGCUUUCUUUUUUUGAAGGGCAUCUCUGCUCCCUGCAAUCCUAUGCAGAAGCAUAAAACUGAGAAACAAGCCUUCUUUCCUAAUCAUAAACUUACUUGGGGCAUGGAAGAGAGCACUGCAUUAAUAUAAAGAAAAUCUACCACACUUUAUCUGAGAAAGAAGCAGAUCAGAGGGCUGAAGAGGGGAACUCUCCACGUUAAAGGAUCUUACGUCUUUUCUUCUACUUUCUGCCCCAUGCAAGAACAAGAACAGGAAUGGGAAAAGGGUUGAUGUGUACACUGAAAGGAAGUAGUUCAUAUCCUGACCUUGGGCUUGGAGUUUUUUUCAUGUUACUGCUUAAAGACAAUGACCAGCACAUUUAGACACCGUCUUUUACAAUCACCACUCUGACUAUAAACUGCCAGUAGAUAUGGGGAAGCAGUGUGUGUUAUAAAGGAAUAAAAGCUUCUCUAGUACAGAUGAUCCUAAUAUUUCAUCUAGAAUCACAGGAUCAUAGAAUGAUUUGGGUUGGAAGGGACCUUAAAGAUCAUCCAGUUCCAAUCCCCCUGCCAUGGGCAGGGACACCUUCUGUUAGCUCAGGUUGCCCAUAACCUCAUCCAACCUGGUCUUGAACACCUCCAAGGAUGGGAUGACCAUGACUGUUCCAGUGCCUCAACACACUCACAGUAAAAAAUUUCUUCUUAAUACUUCAUCUAAAUUUCCCCUCUUUCAGCUUAAAACCAUUACUCUUCAUCUUAUUACUGUUCCUCCCCAGUUUUCCUGCGAAUCCCCUUUAAGUACUGAAACGCUCUCCUCAGAGCCCUCUUUUCUCGAGGCUGAAACUUAACUCUCUCAGCAUGUCCUCAUAUGGGAGGUGUUCAAGCCCUCUGGUCAUAUUUGUGGUCCUCCUCUGGACUCAGCCCAACAGAUCUGUGUCUUUCCUGUGUUGAGGACUUCAGAACUGAAUGUAAUAGUCCAAGUGAGGUCUCAUGAGAGGGCAGAAUUGCCUCGCUUGACCUGCUAGUCACACUUCUUUUGAUACAGCCCAGGAUGCAGUUGGCUUUCGGGACUCCCAAGCACACAGUGCCAGCUCAUGCCGAGUUUCUCAUCCACCAGCACCCCCAAGUCCUUCUCUUCAGGGCUGCUCUCAAUCCAUUCUUCGCUCGGGCUGUAACUGUGCUUGGGAUUACCCCAACCCAGCUGCAGGACCUUGCACUGGGUCUUGUUGAACUUCAUGAGGGUAGCGCAGGCUCACCUCUGAAGUCUGUCAAGGUCCCUCUGGAUGGCAUUCCUUCCGUCCAGUGAGUCAACCAUGCCACACAGUUUGGUUCUUCAGCAUACUUGCUGAGGGUGCACUCAGUUUAGGUCUGGAAAUAAUUAAAGAAAAAUCCAAGUUCCAAAACCCCCAGGAAGUUUACACAGAGAAAAUCAUGCAUGUCUCUCUGCAAACAGUGUUUUAACAAUGAAUAAAUGUAUUGGCCAUUCUAGAAACAUUCCUAAUCUGCUCUAAACACAUAGGCUUGGCCAGGUGACUCACACUAACAUCUGUUCCCCUUUACUUCUGUUGUCUGAGUAUUUAUUUCUGUAUUUUGUUUUACAUAUUGGAGGGUUUUCUUGAUGAUUUGAUGAUUACAGUUUUUUUUGCACU